CGGAUAGCUACUGAAGUCCACAACGUAUCCUCCACGGCACUCAUCUCCAUUCGCAGUACUAGCUUUCGUUUUUGACUGUGCACAGACAUAUUCAGAGAUAUAUCACUCGCUGUUCUCGAUAAAUCUAUCUAGUGUCUCUCUCCGUUCAGCUUAGACAUGCGCACACGGCUCUCCUCUUCAAUUUGCGCAGGACGCCCAUCGUCUAGUCAACACCAUAAUGCUCGAACAUACCCGUUUUCUUUCUCAGGACGCAGAGAGUUUUCUAUGACCUUGACGAGGUCGACACACUACGAAACACUCUCCGUCCCACAGGGUGCUACCAAGAGCCAGAUCAAGUCGAACUUCUACAAGCUCAGCAAGCAAUUUCAUCCUGACGUGAACAAGGAUCCGGCUGCAAGAGAGCGGUUUCACAAAUGUAGUGAGGCGUACGCUGUCCUGUCAGAUGAUAGAAAUCGGCGAGCGUACGACCGUACCCUUGUAUCUCCCAGCCCUCACAGUCGAAGAGCAGGAACGGCACAUUCUGCUGAAAGCCCAUACGGCCACCCCCAUUGGUCCUACGCCAACCGCCACCGCGGUGCUACUCACGCCUGGGAAAACACUCGUCGACAACAAACCCGCCACCAAGCACAACAGCACCCAUAUCAAUACCAGUCCCACAGCCCCUGGGCGCACCCUGCCCAGCAACAAGGACGGGACCCCUUCUCGUCUCCCCAUGUACGGAGAGCAACGGGCAUGCAUCAGAACUUCACGAGAGGACGACCAGAGCAGACGGACCAGGACCGGGUGCAAAAUUCGAGUCAAAUAUGGAGAGUUAUGCAGGUCACUGGUAUUGUGCUCCUAGUUUCGAUGGUCGGAGGAGGUUGGAGUGCCAAUGCAUGAUUUCCGGGGUUCGAGCGGCAGCGCGAGUGCUAUGUAUGAGUCUGAUGUGAGUCUGAGUUGUACUUGAUCCCUUGUAUGGGUAUACUAGAAUAUAC